AUGCCAAGCUUAGGCUUUUUGCACCCCGAAGUCACCUACCGAGAUGUUCAGGAAAACAGAUUCCCUCCUGCUCAAGCAGCGGCCGUGUGCUCCGUUACCAGUUUCUUCGUAAAUCCUGGCCUGGCCGGCCGGGAAUUUGCAAGGAAAUGCAGCCAGCAAGUCGAAAUGCAUAUUUACCGCAACAUCUACAAGUUUUCUGAGAGCGCCCUCUUUUUGUUCGCCCUAAAUAUUCUUUUCAACAUUCUCGACGGUUCGCACGCAAAAGUGUGGCAAUGCUUUGGUGUGGCCUCGAGACUUAUGAUAGGCUUGCAGCUGAACUGGGAUGUCACAUCACGCCACUCUACCUUUAUUCAACAAGAAUGUCUUCGACGUAUCGCCUGGCAGCUUUUCAGCCUUGACCGCCUAUUAGCAGGUGGAUAUGAAGAGUACAUAUCUUGUCGAGCUGAGAAUAUGAAGAUUAGGCUGCCCUGCAACGAAGCUGCUUUUAGGGAGAAUCGACCGGUGGUUGCGGAGAGGCUUCAUGACAGGCCUUCGCGCUGCUCACCGGCUCUGGGCCUACACGGAAUCCAAAUCCUUCUUGUCGAUCUUCGGCACCGCAUACAAGUAUCGACAAAAAAGCUAGCAUUGCCUUCUGGAACGGCCAUUGCGGCCCUGGAGCCAUCAAAGGUUAUGGAGGAUAUCGCUGCGUUGCAGAGCGAGCUGACUAGAUUUCAUGUUUCGAUACACGACGAGCUACGACUGACUGACCAGAGCAUGUCUCGAUAUGCUGCCUCGGACCAGUGGAGAGGAUACUGUUUCUUCCAUACGCACAUGGCCGUGAGCCACAUCGACCUCUAUCGAUUCUCAUUGCCGGGUCCCCGAAACCAAUCCUCGAUAGAAAUCCUUCGGAAACUUCCCCCGGACUUUAUUGCUCGGUGUCAAAAGCAGGCCGUUGCCCACGCCAUGAGUCUAGCCCGAUUUUUGGAAGCCAUUAAGAUCGAGACGGACAGGAUGCCAAACCCCGGAACUCCUAAACUGGUUGGCGACUACUCGGUUGCGCAUAUGUCCACUCAGUGUAUUCGCGUGUUGCUCAUCGCUCUGCAAUACAACCUGUAUGAAAACCUGAUGGAUACUACAGCACCGGUGUGGAGAGGCGCCGAGACUAGCGAGGGUCAGAUCAAGUCGUUGAUCGGCACCAUCAUGGAGAUAACCGAGGCAUGGGGCGAGAUAUUCGACAUGGCUAAGCAAGCUCACGACUGUAACAAGGCGAUGGUGGAAGAGUUUUACAAGAACGGGAGGAUACUCGAUCGAGGUAACGCUGCCAUAAACACCGGACAAGAGCCAACCGAGGACAAAUUUCUAUUUGGAUCGGAUGUUUUUAUUGAGCGAAUGAACAUCCCUGACAUGAAAGAUGAACAGAGGAGCCGAGCCGCGAACAUGCCCGUGUCCGACUGGUGGAUGGGUCCAUCAACGACCCAGCAAGCAUCGUCCAAGAGUGCGUCACCGCUGAUGAUGCCAUAUUCUACCCCAGAAUCGAGCUAUGACGGUGACCACGGACCGCCCGGCGUCCCCCUGUUCCUCGCUCAAGCGCGCAACGUAUCCCUGGGCAUCAGCGACAUCUACGACGCGGAGACGGCGGUCGGCAUGCAGCCGUCCGACAUGCUGGCCAUGAUGCCCAACAACUACCAGAUGAUGCAGACCGAGGUCCUGAGCGGACAGGGCGGCAUGCCCAUGCUAAGGAUAGACGACGCCAUCCCCAACCAGGCCAUGUUUCGACAGCAGGACGUCCCGCCCGCCCAGCCGCAGCACUUCAUCCCGACGCAGCAGGGUAUCAUGAUGAAUGGAUAUGUGCCGCCGCCGUACCCUGGUAGCCAUACCAGUACACCUCCGUAUCCGCAGCAAAACGGCUUUAAUUGA